GCUAGUACUGGAUGUAACCUGGAAACGGGUUGCUACCAUUUAGUGGGCUCAAAUUAUUUCUGUGGACCAUAUGUCAUUUCUCACACUUACUGGGUGGAUGCCGGUCAACCAGGGGAAGAUCCAGACAAUCCAGUUGAUUUCGAAGUUUGUCUUAAAAAUCCACAAUGUGCCGAAGCAGCUGUAGAAGGCUACAUGAAGAAAUGGGCACAAGACUGCGAUCACGAUGGACAGAUUUCCUGCAACGAUUUCGCCCGAAUUCACAAGGCUGGACCAUUCGGAUGCAAUGGUACUUGGGUUUUGACUACCGAUUUUUGGAGUACGUUUAAACAGUGCUAUCCGGACUGAACUUUCCUGUAAUUCAAACUGUAUUUAGAGCUUGUGAA